AUGGGCUCGAUCAUACCCAAUGGCGGGGCAACCAACUCGGUCGCCGCCGACGACGACAACGUCAACAACGACCUGUCGACAAGAUUAGGCUACACACCGACAAUCAAGGUGGAAGGGGAGUGGACAGUGGAGAAGGUUCUCGAGAGGAUGGGGCAAACUCCCCCUACGGCCGAGGGAUCCUCGACGCCCCUGCCGUUCUUCCACAUGCUCGAGCGUCUCAAGACGACCAAGCGCGAAGGAUGGCGACGAUUCGACAUUAACCGAGGUGAAUCCAUUGCCGACCACAUGUACCGCAUGUCCCUCAUCUCCAUGUUCGCCCCGCCCUCUCUCCGCCCCCGCCUCGACCUGGCCAAGUGCAUGAGGAUGUGCCUGAUCCACGACAUGGCUGAGCUUCUAGUGGGUGACAUCACCCCGGUCGACGGCGUCCCCAAGCCGGAGAAGAGCCGUCGCGAGGCCACGACGAUGGACUUCCUGACGGGCGAUAUGCUGCGCGGCGUUCCCGGCGGGCCCGAGUCGGGAUCUGAGAUGCGUGCCAUCUGGCAGGAGUACGAAGACUCCCAGACCCUGGACAGCCACUUCGUCCACGACGUGGAUAAGCUCGAGUUGCUGCUGCAGAUGGUCGAGUACGAGAGGCGCGGGGAGGGCCGCCUCGACCUCGGCGAGUUUGCCUACGUCUCGCAAAAGGUGGUGCUGCCCGAGAUGAGGGACUGGGCCGUCAAGGUCAUCGCCGAGAGGGAGGCCUUCUGGGGCGACAAGAAGCAUGUCCACGGAGAGAAGGGGGUUGAGGGGGGUGUCGAUGCCAAGCUGAGCAAGGGACAGGAUGAGUACUAUGCUAGGGAUGCCUGA